AUGGUGAGCGGACUCGGAGCUCAACUGGGUGCAUGGGAAAAGUUUGUGGUACCUGGAGCUGGAGUUAUUUCGUACUUCCACACAGCUUUCCACAAGUGA